CUCCAGCAGAUGACCACUAUCCAAACAACCCCGCCUUUUUAUUAUUCUACAUAGUUCUUCUUUUCACCCAAAACCUGGUAUUCAGCAAGACUACCUGCUAAUUUGUAAUUUUAUGGACAGCUGGCUCAAGAUGUCCUGGGACAACAACGCCGGUGGUGAUGACCAGUGGGGCGGUGCCGCUCCCGCUGGUGAUUUCGAUGAUGCCAACUUUGGCGACCCCAACGGCUUCGAUGAUGGCGGUGCCAACACUAGCGAUGGCGGUGACCAUUCCCGUGGUGCUUGCUUCAACUGCGGCGAAGAAGGUCACAACAAGGUGGACUGUCUUAAGCCUCGAGUCAUGCGAUGCCGCCAUUGCAAGGAGGAAGGUCACACCAUCCGUACUUGCCCAGAUCCCGAUUGCCCCCCUCAGGAGGAGCGCGAGUUCACUGGCGAGUGCCACACCUGCGGCAAAGAAGGUCAUCGUGCUGCCGAUUGCCCCGACAAGCCGCCCAUGGUCUGCAAGAACUGUGGAGAAGAGGGUCAUCAAGUGUCCGAGUGCCAGAGUGCCCGCAUCAUCGACCGCUCCCACGUUGCCGACGUCGACCCCGAGGUUGCUUGGCAGAAGAUCGUAACUGGAGCCGAACAGGGUGACCUAGACGACGUGAAAGAGGCAACCCAAGAGUACUUGAAGAAUAACCCUGGCAUCACCUAUGCUGAGCUUGAGGCGGGAUUCCGCCAGCAGGACAUCAACCUCUACGUCAUCGCCGUCGAGAAGACUCAG